GAAUCAUGCUCCGUUUGGUGUGCUUUCGGCGAGCAAGCUACUUUGUACAGACGCCUUUCGACCAUCAGCCGAUUGCAAUCCCUAAAGUGGUUUCGCUGUCCAAAACCGUAGAUCAAAUCGCCCCAUCGAAGACGAUUUCUCGUCGCGAUGAGGUAAAGUUAUUGCUCGAGCAGCUCCCAAACGCGUGCAGGGAUGCAAAGGCGCAGUAUCUUCUUGCACAGCGUGGGAGCCGCUACUACCGAGCGCGCUACGCCAGAGGGGCCGAAUUACAGCGAAAGCAGGCCAAAAUGCUGCUGGAAAUGCCCGAUGCGGAUGCCGUAGGAUGGGCAAAGGGCCGUUGUAUGCCCGUACGAAAUCCAUUAGACCCUUGAAGGGAUCCCAAACCGGAUAACACACGCUCGCAUUUGCUGAGGUGUCUCGCGUUAUUAUGACACCCGUCUUUUGUAAAAAAAAAAUUCUUUCUUUAUUGCCUCUUUCCUUAUUCUUAUCCAAUUGUGGAAAUAUCCUGCGGCCUUGUUGUGUUUUGAGGGUGCGUUUAUAAUUUACAAUGGCUUAACGAUAUUUAUUGAUUUAUUUAUUAUGAAUAGACACAUCUAUUCCAAUAUUCAA